GCAUCAAUAAAAAAACUUCUUCAGCCACGUAAACACGGCUGGAUCAGCAGCUGCGUUUCCAGAGACCCGGCAGUCACCAGAGCCACUCAGAACAGGGAGCAGACUGUGACCUUUGACCCCUGAUAGGCCCCAGCUGGAGCUGAUGAGGCCUCAGCUGGUUAGAUGUUUGCAGACGGACGUCUUUGCUUCUGCUGGACCCGGAAACUUCAGCUGGGCUGAAACUUGGGUUUGUUUCUCUGGACAGGAUGAAGCUUUGUGAGAAAAGGUCGGCGUUGCUGGGAAUCGCAGAAAACAUCGAAAUGAGGCUUUUCUCUUCAAAAGAGGAAACCGUGAUCAUAACGACGCAGGAAAAGCAGGAGAACAAACAGACCCGGAGGCUCCGGUACCGGGAGCAUCCUCUGGCCCUGGACCUGGAGGAGGAAGAGGAGGAGGAUGAAGACCUGCUAGUCGAGAUCAAAACCAAACAACCAGCAGAACCAAAAACUAAACCUCCCGUCGCCAAGGAGACGUUUUAUGGUUCACACAUAACGGACGACACAGACAUCGAGAUGGAGGCCUUUCCGCACAUCAGGCUCUCUGACAUCGAGCUGGUCGAGAUGAAACCCAGAAGCUCUGACGCCGACGCUCCGUCGUUUCUUAACAAACCUCGUCACUUUAAGUGGAAGAAAGUGAAUCCAGAGAAGAGCAGACAUGUGGUUAAAGACGUGAUCUGCCUUCCAAAGGAUCAUUACCUGGAGCAGCUGGACAGUAAACAACCGACUCUCCAACAAUUUGCUCUGGCGGCUCGCAUCACGGUGGACUCCAGCUGGUCAGCCAAUCAGAUGCAGAGCCGCCUGGCGUCGCUUUUCCAGGCGCAGUUUGUAAAGAAACCGGGACAAAAGUUUUCCUUCACGUAUCUACAGAGCGUGCGGAGCUCCAAAGUGCUGUUUGUCCCCGACUGUCCUGCAGAGGGCUGGACUGGAGAGCAAGUACUGCGGACCAGUGAACACGGCGCUUUGUAUAUAUUUAGUCACCACAGCUUUGAACAGGCACAAAAAGCAUCCAUCUUAAAAAGGAAGGAAUCGGGGUCAAAGGUCAGCAGAGAGAGUCGAGGUCCAGUGGGACAGAACCAGCUGUGUGUCUGCCGGGCUCCAGAGAGGCUCACCCUCAACCUGGACACCAUUCUGAGGUUAUUCAGACUGGAAAACGCAAACGCAGACGCAGAAACUGUCAUGCAGGUGAGCAGAGGAGACGUCCUUCCUGCUGCUCUGCAGGAGGUCAGKAAGCCUGGAUUCUGCUUCAGAUCCACGCCUGCAGUUUCCUUCAGCGACGACGAGGAAACGCUCAGCCAGGAUGAAGCUGUCAGGGAGUUCUUCAGGCUGACCCUCCUGGAGCUGCAGCGGAGUCGUGUUUUUGAGGGUCGUCCGGAGCGUUUGUUCUUCACCUAUGACCUCACGGCGCUGGACGACAGGUUGUAUUACGAAGCGGGCGUUCUGAUUGGCUGGUCGCUGGCUCAUGGAGGACCUGGACCGUGCUGUCUGCACCCCGCCCUCUACCAGCUGAUGUGUUGCCAAAGUGCAUCUUUGGAGGAUUUUAACUGGAGCGACGUCGUUGAUGCUGAAGCUCAACUCCGACUGCAGGAGCUGCAGAGCUGCAGCGACGUGAAGCGUCUCUCUCCCAGCCUGUGCGACUGGCUGUCCGGCUGUGGGAUCCAUCCGGCAUGUUCCAAAGAGAUUCCCGCCGUUUACGGCCGCUUGGUGAAACGCCACGUCUACCACAGGGUGGCCAGUAUGAUCUCCCAGUUCCUGGAGGGCCUGAACAGCUGUGGGGGGCUGUGGGAUCUGGUGAAGUCGCACUGGGAAGCGUUUCUGCCGGUGAUGACCAGUCUGACCAGUACGGAGCGGCGGGCGCUGAGCCUGGAGGAGUUCAGACGCCUCUUCACGUUUUGCUUCAGCGAUCUGGACUCUGAGCUGAGGGGAGCUGAGGAAACCACAGCGGCUCAGUGGGAAACCGUCCUGAGCCUGGUCAGCGAUGGUGAAGCGUGUUUCUCCUUUGAAGACCUCCUCCUCUUCAUCACAGGAACCCAUCAUCUUCCUCCGCUUGGUCUCCCCAAACUCAUCUCUCUGCGUUUUUACUCACAGGACUCGGYYKCGUCCGACCCGACUCUCCCUCACGCUUCUCAGGAUUCUCUGGAGCUGUUUCUGCCCAGAGGAGUCCCAGAGGCUCCGGACCUGCUGGUGCUGCUGACCAGAACCUUACACACGACUCUGGAUCGAAGCCGUUUGCAUGCAGGCAGAGAUCAAACCUCUCCUGAAAUGAUGACGUAG